GCGGAGGCACCCACGCCCCGCGGAGCCGAAGGUGGCGGGAGGCGGGAGCGCAAGGCCAGGACCCCGCACUCGCUCAGCGCGCUUUAAGGGAAGCCAGCCUUAAUGUGAGAGAAACACCCUUGAACUUGUCAUCCAAAAGACAAAGGCUUGAGGUUCAGCUCUGUUUGUUUUAUGGUGACCUUGGGUAAGAUCACCUACAGGAGUCUUGGCUUCCUUAUCGAGCCAGAAUUCACAAUGACAACAGUCACAGGGACCACGGACGUCCCCCCAAGGGAUAAAAGGGAAGAUAAUUCUGCCUUGUAUGAGUCCACAUCAGCUCACGUUGUUGAAGAAACCGAAUAUGUGAGAAAGAUCCGAACUACUCUGGAAAAGAUCCGAAAUCAAAUUUUUAAAGAUGAAGUAGGACGUAACAGUACAAAUCACAAACUAGAAACAAAGCACUGUCGAAACAUUCAAAAUAGCUCUGAUUCUGAAACGGACCCCUCUUGUUGCAGUUUGGAUCUACUCAUGGAAAGGAUGAAAGGAAAAGAACAGCAGCUCUUAGAAAUGAACAAAGAAAAUGAAGUAUUGAAAAUCAAGCUGGAAGCCUCCAGACAGGCAGGAGCGGCGGCUCUGAGAAAUGUGGCCCAGAGAUUAUUUGAAAUCUACCAAACACAGUCUGAAGAAGUUAGAAAGAAGCAUGAGGAUGGUAAACACUUACUCGAGGCUAACAAACUUGAAAAAGAACAGCAAUUGAAACAACAUGUUGAAAAUCUGAAUCAAGUUGCUGAAAAGCUUGAAGAAAAACAUAAUCAAAUCACAGAGCUGGAGAACCUUGUACAGAGGAUGGAAAAGGAAAAGAAAACUCUGCUAGAAAAGAAACUGUCUUUGGAAAGCAAGCUGCUGCAACUCAAAUCCAAUGCUACAUAUGCUAAAAGUUGCCACAAUCUUCGAAUGGAGAUUUCCGUUCUCCAGGAGCAGAUCUCUCAUCUGCAGUUUGUGAUUCAUUCCCAGCAUCAGAACCUGCACAGUGUCAUCCAGGAGAUGGAAGGAUUAAAAAAUAAUUUAAAAGAACAAGAUAAAAGAAUUGAAAAUCUGAAGGAAAAAGUUAACAUACUCGAAGCCCAGAAUAAAGAACUAAAAACCAAGGUGGCACUUUGGUCUGAAAUGCCUAGGACAACUGUAUCUAAGGCUGUCUCUACAAGUGAAUUGAAGACAGUCGACACUACGCCCUAUUUGAUGUUGAUUAGGCUCCGGAAAUGAGCUGGCUGGCGAAGAUCUGAAUGAGAAAGAUUGCUACGGGUCUUAUUUAUUCCUUGAAACACAGCCGAAACUUGCAUGUUAAAAUGGCUCGAUGCCAGUAUUCAAUGGAACUUACUGUACACCAACAGCUUUGCAGGAAGAUGACAUUCCAGAAAAUCAAACAAAUAUAUAUUCAAGGGAAGGAACUCUUUCUUCAAAAUGUACUGAAUGGGUGAAGAGACCAGGGGCUUUCAAUGGAAGAUAAAUUUUGCUUUAAACUUAAAAAAA